UUUAAUGUCUUGUCAACAAUCGCGUAAUAUUGCUAUUCUGGUGGGAACUCCAAGGCCCUUGUCCUAUAUUAGUUUCUCAUAGCUCUAGAAGAAGCAAUGUAGCAAUGGAUUGCUUUCAUCCAUGUCCAGCCACUUCAACGGUUGCAAUGAUUGCUUUUCCGGUACUACUCUUUCUUUUCUCUCUUCUAUGGAUAUCAAAAACUGCCUCAAGAAAAACAAACAAAAUGAAAACGGCACCUGAGGCUGGUGGCGCAUGGCCUGUAAUUGGCCAUCUUCGCCUCCUAGGAGGGCCACAACCAGUUCACAUAAGCUUGGCCAACAUGGCUGAAAAAUAUGGAACAAUCUUCACUAUCAAGUUGGGUGUGCAUAGAGCUUUGGUGGUGAGCAAUUGGGAGAUUGCUAAAGAAUGUCUUACCAUAAACGAUAAAGCAUUCGCCAAUCGUCCAAAGCUUGUUGGCUUGGAACUUUUGGGCUACAACAAUGCCAUGAUUGGCUCUGCGCCAUAUGGACCUUACUGGCGUCAAGUGCGCAAGUUUGCCACUGUUGAGCUCCUCUCAAACCACCGGAUCGAAAUGCUUAAACACGUGAGGGAAUCCGAGGUAAAUACAUCUCUGCAGCAGCUAUACCAGCUGUGGAACAAUAAGAGAAGCAACUCUGAUAAAGUAUUGUUGGAUAUAAAGAGAUGGUUCAGAGAAGUUACUCUUAACGUGAUUCUGAGGAUUGUUGUAGGAAAGCGAAUUCCGAAUUCCAGUGAAGGCGGUGAAACCGUGAAAUGGACCAAGUUAGUGGACGACUUCUUUGAACAAAGUGGGAAGUUCUUGGUAUCAGAUGCGCUGCCGUUUCUGAGAUGGUUUGACAUAGGAGGAGAGGAGAAGCUCAUAAGGAAGACAGCAAAAGAAUUAGACCAAGUUAUCGAGGGAUGGCUACGGGAGCACAAGCACAAGAGAGCUGCAAACGAGGCCAAGAGUGAAGAAGAUUUCAUGGGAGUGAUGCUGUCUAUUCUCCGUGAUGUAGAGGCGCACGAUGCUGAUACAAUCAACAAAGCCACCAGUCUGAGUCUCAUCUUAGCGGCGGAAGAUACCACCUCAAUCACAAUGACAUGGGCUUUAUCUUUAUUACUCAAUAACCGUGAGGAAUUGAAGAAGGUCCAACAGGAACUAGACAUCCAGGUUGGCAUGGAUAGACUGCUAGUAACAGAAUCAGACACCAAAAACUUAGUGUACCUUCAAUCCAUCGUUAAGGAAACGUUGCGCCUAUACCCUCCUGCUCCACUCUCAGCGAUCCAUGAAGCCAUUGAAGACUGCACAGUAAAUGGUUACCAUGUCUCGACUGGAACUUGGCUGAUAUUCAAUCUUCACAAGAUUCAUCGUGAUCGGCACAUGUGGUCAAACCCUUCUGAAUUUCGACCAGAAAGAUUUUUGACUACCCACAAAGAUAUUGAUGUCAGGGGACAGAAUUUUGAGCUGAUUCCAUUUGGCAGUGGUAGAAGAAUGUGCCCCGGAGUUUCAUUUGCGCUUCAGAUUUUGCAGCUUACACUCGCUAAUGUGCUGCAUUGGUUCGAGUUUGAGACUCCGUCAGAUGAAAAAGUUGAUAUGCGUGAAGCAGCAGGAUUGACGAGUCCUAAAGCAACUCCACUUGAAGUUCAUAUAACUCCUCGCCUUCCUGCUUCUCUUUACUACUCCACCAACUAAUUGUUAUAAUAUUUGAGUUUGGUUUAUAACAAAUAAAUUUCUAAGAUGUUUCAUGGUAAUAGGUAUAAUUUUGAUGUUUUCUUCCUACUCCGCUGCUUGAAUUAAUGUAUUAUAUAAUCGGAAUCUGAAAAGAUUCACUAAUGUUUAACGUGUCUCAUACUUGUAUUGUUAAAUAAUUAAGUAAUAUAUAAAUUAUAUUCAAGAUUAUUAUGU